AUGUAUCCAAACGGGUCAAGAGCCCAGAUGUCCAAUAUUGCGGCUGCAGUUGGCCAAAGUCCGCGGAACUGUAAACAGGAUUUUGGCCAGGUUGGAAUCCCUCCUACGUAUUUCUGCCACCUCCUGCCCAUGGUCUGUACCCACAGCCCAGGAGAACAGGCUGAGAAAGAACCAAAGCGCAAGCCUCAGUGUUUAUCAAUCACGGUUCUGUGCCUUUUUCAAGUUCAAUGCUCCCGCCUGACAAUUCACGAGCCAAAGAAGAUAUUUGUGAAACGUUUUUUUCACCCCUGGUCGUACUCAGUAUUGGGUAUAGCUCGUGUUGGAUUAUCUGAAGAGAUGAACUUGCUGCUAACCCUUUUCCCACUGGCCUGCUCAUUCACUGUUGCUGUCUGCAUGCAGUGGAGAGUUCAUUACCCACCGAGAGUGAUUGGCCUGCAGAAUUCCUGUGUGCUCAUCCCAUGCUCCUUCGACUACCCGAACCAUGAAGAGAGCGGGCAGCUUACCAUCACUGGCAUUUGGUAUCACGGAGUGAAACAAAGCAGAGUCACUGUGUACCACUCGAGAUCCAGCACUCAGAUGAAUUCAGCCUACGUUGGCCGGACCGAGAUCAUUGGAGACCUCAGCAGGCAGAACUGCACCUUCAAAAUCCAAAACCUGCAGCUCAGUGACCAGGGGAAAUACUUCUUCCGUUUUGAGAUCAGAGAGAUUGGCAACUGGGAGGACGUACGGGGCAUUAUUCUCAACGUCACACAAUUUCCGCAGAAGCCAACAGUAAGGGCCGUGACUGAAGUGAUGGAAUUGGAAUCUGUUUCAGCAACUUGCUCAACCCCUUACAAUUGCCCUGAAAACCCCUCCCGGCUCCGGUGGCUGGGCAUCAACAUGGACAGCCCUGAGUCAACUGUGAAGAGCUGCAGCUAUAACGGCACCAGUUCCCUGGAGGUGUCCUUCGUCAGCUCGCACCUAGAUCACAACCUCGUACUGACCUGUGUGGUCACUGUCGAUGGGCUACACCUUUCCAGCCACACUGAGAUUACACUGCGUGUGAAACAUCUCGCCAAGAACGUUACUGUGUUGGUCUUCCCACAUGCGGAGCCCAUCGAGGAAGGCAGCGCUGUCGCGCUGUUCUGUGACACUUCAAGUAGUGAGCCGGGGGUCAGCGCCUACAGCUGGUACAAAGACGGCCAGGCCUUGGCCCCCGGGAAGAUCCUGCGGUUUGACAGUGUGCGGACCCAGGACGGGGGCAUGUACUACUGCUCAGCCAGGAAUGAACUGGGACAAGUGGCCUCCCACAACAUCUCGCUGAUCGUGCUGCAUAGGAACAGUUACCAGAUUAACCACUGGAGGACUGCUGUUCUGUGGCUCAUUGGGAUCGUCAGCGUGUGUGUCUGUGCUGGGAUCGCACUGUGCCUGAUUAUCCGCUAUUACAGAAACCAAGCCAUCAUGAGAGCAUUAAGUGGGUACAGAGGGAGUGAAAUUAAACCUGAGCAGUCGCCUCAGAGCUGGAGUUUCCACGAGCUGGAGAGUAAAAGAAGAAACUUCAAAGGACGUGCUGCCUUUAAACAGGACCCGAUCAAAAAUGUGGACUCUCAAUCGGCUGCCUCUCAGGUUCCCAGAGAGGACAAUCAGCUGAUCAGCCUGUCCUGAAUUGGUAAGAUCUCCCCAACCCCCGCUCCCUCCCUAUAACAAUCCACAAUAACAGCGAUCGUCACCAUGGAAUCCUGGGCAUGAAUCCCAAUCAGGGUCCAGUGAGUGCGGGAAUAACUGCAAGCAGACUUGGGAAAGAACAAUUGCAAACAUUGAACAUUUCUGCAGAGGCUGAGCUGGAGAAAGACAAACGCAAAACAUUGAGCUCAUCGUGUUCCUUCUCAGAUGGCCAGCUGGCGGAAAGAUUCUCCUCCUCAUUCAAAACCAGUCUCAGCCUCAUUGCCAGCAUUUCCCAAUUUAGUGUUCUCUAUGCUUCAGCGAAGCCACCACUUCCGUGACCUCUUUGGCUGAAAAUGGCCUCUACGACCAGCAGAUGACCUCUGAAUACCCCUUGAGAUGUUAUUCCGAGUCCUCCCCACUGAUGUUUCUUGAUUAAAAUUGACGAACCUUGGCAAGACGAGAAUAUGGUGCCAAAUAUUCACCUCUCGUCUUUGUCAGGACACUUGCAAGAAUGCCAAGGAAGCAAUGCCUCAUGACCUGCAAGGCUAGGGUGCGUACAGGUACACAUACACAUACGCAGACUUUGUACAGUUCUGUAAUGCCACGCCACUUCCCAUUGUAGAUUGAUUCAUCAAUUCCUGUUGCAUUCUGAAUGGCAGUGACUUUGUCAGUACAAAUUAGUGAAGCAGUAGCCCUGUCUCCUGUGAUGUAAAUUGUUGUUCUCUUUGUAUUCUUGAACCUGUCCUGAGGAGAUGAUGUGAGGCUAUUGCCAAAUGACUGCGAGCGCAGAUGAAGAGCUGGGUGCGCAAUAAA